GUGUGUUUGUUGCUGGGUCCACGGCCGGAGAGGCCUGGGAGUCGUUCAGUGGGGCUUGAGAGAGCGGGUUGGAGACUCCAUCUAUUCAGAAAACAACCCACUUCUCCCACGGGGAUCCUCCGGGGAAUCGAGGCCCACUACCCCCCACAACUGCCCGUGUUUCUGGCCUUGCUCCACUUGCCCCUUGCUGUAUUUAGUUUCUUACUGUCUUUCGUUUAUCUGUGUAGCCCCGUAUCUUGCCGCAUUAAUGGCUACCAUUUGCUGAACGUUGGCUGUGCAUCUCACAGCAGUAGCUCAUAAGCGCCUGGUAAUUCUUGAUUAGUAGGACUGUUGAAGCUCACUCAUUCCUUUACCACCGCCGGGAUUGAGCGCCUACGUAGUCCUGGGCUGGUCUAUGGAUAUGGCAGUCUUUGGGUUGGGAAGUUCUGGAGGCUGGAAGUCCGAAAUAACGGUGUCAGCAGAAUCAUGUUUCCUCUGAGACUAGGUGGACGAGUCCUCAGAGAUUUCUCAAAGACUCUCAGGUUAUAAUCUUCAAGUUGACUGGAAUAAAAUUUUCCAUUUCUUUCUUAGUACACCUCCCUUUCUUCCUCCUCUGUAACUCCUAGAAUUUCGGAGUCGUGAAAGAAACCUUAGCAUCAAGGUCGAAAGUCUUGCUUUACAGAUAGCAAAACAGAAAAGCAGAGUGUUGUUAUCUCUACUGUCUUACCUGUGUGAGCUUCGUGGAAACUCCCAUCAUUCGUCAUCUGUACGCUUUAGUCAGUGUUUGGACUCUGAUUUCUCUCAAUGCUAAGCUGAAUCUGAGAGCAAGAGUGACACCUUGACGAGAAGAGGAGGUGAUAACAGGUUUCCCGUGUGACGAAUACAGAGGACAACUCCUGGAUGCUUGGUGUGUGAUGGUUUUUAAAUCAAUUCGACACCUGCGUGAACAUAAGGGCGUUAGGGAGACAAGAGAAAGGAGACCCACUUUGACAGCAGGUGCUGCCAGUACAUUGGAAGAGCAUUCUUGGGUGAAUCACUUAAAUGCGUGAUGUUAAAGAAAGGGAUGUACAAUUCUCGGCAAGUGCCUCCUCCUGCCUCACCUCACCUGGAGAGUAAUAAUGCUGCAGUGAACAUUGGGGAACAUAUAUCUUUUCUAAUUAGUGUUUUCUUUUUCUUCAGAUAAAUACCCCGCUAGAUCAUAUGGUAGUUCUAUUUUUAGUUUUUUUGAGGAACCUCCAUACUGUUCUCCAUAGUGGCUGCACUAAUUUACAUUCCCACCAACAGUGCAUGAGGGUUCCCUUUUCUCCACAUCCUCGCCAACACUUGUCUCUUGUCUUUUUGAUAACAGCCAUUCUAGCAGGCGUGAGGUGGUAUCUCACUGUGGUCUAGAUUUGCAUUUCCAUGGAGAUUCGCGAUGUUGAGCAUCUUUUCAUGUGUCUGUUGGACAUCUGUAUGUCGUCUUUGGAAAAAUGUCUAUUCAGGUCCUCUGCCCACUUUUUAAUCAGGUUUUUUUGAUUUGAUAUGUAUGAGUUCUUUGUAUAUUUUGGAUAUUAACCCCUUAUCAGAUAUAUCAUUUGCAAAUAUCUUCUCCCAUUCUAUUGAUUUAAUUUCAGCACUAGUUUUAACUUUCAGGAGGUUUUGUCCUCUGUUACUCUUUCAUAACAUCCUGUUACUGUUUUAAGGGUGCAGUUUUCUCACUCUGUGUGUCUAUGUGCAUGUGUGUGCGCAUAUGCAUGCAUGUUCUCUCCUGUUCCCUGAAUUGCUGUUUUCAGUCUUUACAUUAGAAGCUUCUUCAGCUGUCUGGGAGGAUCUUGACUGUGCAUAUUUAAGAAUGAGCUAGCAAUGAGCUCUCUGUACUUCGGUGAGAUGUGUCAUUGGGCCAAGAUGAUGGGACAGGAAUGCUGACAUUCUGAAUGGAAGAAGGCAGGGUAUUUUCUAUGGAGCCAUCAAAUUUAUUUAGUGAAUAAUGUUUCAUUGCUACCAUUAACAAUGGUAAAAUCUGAGAGGUAAUAUCCAAAAUUAUGUUUUUAUUUCUUUAGACAUCUCUGUAUUUUCUGAAUUUUUAACAAUUAGUGUGUUUUUAAUAACCAGAAUAUAUAUAAAUCUAUUUUUGAAGUGAUGACUAUCUGUAUACAUAAAAUUUUGUGUAUGUCUUGACUUCUCUAAGCCAAGUGCCCAUAUUUAAAUUAUUUGUUCAGGAGAAUACAUUAUUUGAAGUUUUAAAUCCAUAUUUUCAAAUAUUCUCUCCAGAAAGAAUGCAAAUAUAUAUUUACCAGCAGUAUUUGACAGUACUAGUUUCCUAGACCCUAUUGGAGCCAAGGAAUGAUAGGUCUUCACUCAUUUUUUCCUUGUUAGCCAAUUAGAUAGGUUAUCACUUCUGGUGCUUUCUACAAGGCACACCUCAUAUGAAUAGCACUCAAGGAGUUAACCUUUUCAAACUGUUAUUUGUACACUCUCCAAAGUUUUUCUUUGCUUUUAACUCUUUUUAUGUCAACUUUUUUUUUUUUGUCUGGUUUAUUUUCUUAUGAGUAGUUAUCAAAAGAACCACUUAAAUGUUUGGAGCCCUUCUUUUCUGAGUCCAUAAAAAUCUGACAACUAAAACAAAUUCCUGAAUUCAUCAGAUUUCAAAAUGAUUUUUCCUCUGGUUGAGUCAGUAUAGGGAGGGAAUUAGGAGUUCAGGACUUCAAGCCAGACUGCCUGAGCUCAAAUCCUAGCUGUACAACAACGUCUGUAACCUUAGUCUAGUUAAUGAACUAGACUCAUUUCCCUCAUCUAUGUAAUAAGGACUAUGUGAAACUAUCCAUAUAAGCAUGUGACACAGUGCUGGUACAUAAAAAACUCUUAAGUUAUGUUUAUUACUAUCAUUGCGACAAUUAUAAGAAGGAAUACUCCUGGAUAGGUAUAAUGCUAUGGACUGAAUUGUGCCCCCCCCCCGAUUUAUAUAUGAAGCCGUAACCCUCAAUAUGAUGGUAUUUGGAGGUGGGGUCAUUGGGAGAUAAUUAGGUUUAGAUGAGAUCAUCUAAACCUAAUUUAGGGGCCCUCAUGAUGCGAUUAGUGCCCUUAUAAGAAGAGAAACCAAAGAGUUCUCCCCCCACCCCCCUAAUGUUAUGAAAUAGCAAGACGACAGUCGUCUAAAAGCCAGAAAGAGAGCCCUCAGCAGGCCUCCACUGUGUUGGCACCCUGAUCUCAGACUUCUAGUCUUAAAUACUGAAAGAAAAAACUGUCAAGCUAGAAUUCUUUACCAAUUCUAUACCUUCUUUCAAAACAAAAGGUAUACCAAUUCUAUACCCUCUUUCAAAAGCAAAAGUGAAGUAAAGACUUUCUCAGACCUAUUAAAGCUAAAAGAAUUCAGCAGCAGCAGACCCUCCCUACAAGAAAUAUUAAAGGAAGCCAUUCAGGCAGGAGGAAAAUAGUACCAGAUGGAAACCUAGAUCUACUCAAAGAAAUGAAGCACAUCAGCAAUGAUAAUUACAUGGAUGGGUAUAUGUUUUCUCAAACAGAACAACCUGUUCCUAGGAAGAGCUAUUCUGUUCUUAUGACACUACAUAACUGAAACAAAGAAAGAGUUAAGAUAUUAUGUUUUUCCAGUUUCUGCUUGGAAUUAGAUAUGGAUCAUUCCCUCCUGUGUUAUAGCUCCCUUGACUGAGCAAAAACAUCUGAAAAGUCAUUUCUGUGACUUUAGCCAACAGUUUGUUAGUCAUUAUCCAUUUCUUCACUAACCUGGAGUGUACAUAGCAGUAGGAGGCAGAUUGUUUUCUUAAUUUGUUUUCAGUGUUUCACCUCAUUUGUUUCUGUGGUUAUGAAAUGAACAAAUUCUCUCUUCACUCUGAGAUACAAAAUUUAAAACUUUGGUUCACCAAAAGUUUUAAAAAUAAAGGUGAAUUUGUGAAUUGUAUAAGUAUCAGAAUUAAAAGCAAAAUUUUCUGCUUAAACUACCACUUAGGAGCAAAUAAAUUGUGUACGUGUACUAUAAGCUCCUUUAUUGAUCCUAGGUUUGUCUUUUUGAGAUUUUCAUAGGCUUCUCCAUUUCAGGCUCACAUAUGGCUCUAUUGCUUACUUUCCAAACUUCAGUUUGGUCGUUUCUCACCUAUAUGUGUCUUCAUUGUAUGUUUGAAACAUUGAAUGUUUCAUUUAUGGUUACAUACAGAUAGAAACUCAUUAUCUUUUGAAGAAACCAAUUUAUGGCAAUAAUCUGUGAUAAAACACUAUUUUAGAGGAAAAGUGGUUCUUAUUUGUUACAGCCUGUUUGUUGGUUGGGCAACCAACCAAUUUAGCAUUCCACUGCAGGCAGGAACCAGCUGUGGGGUGGGGAGAGUAACAUAAUCAAGAGCAAGGGAUAAACAGGUCCACUAUGCUUUUCCUAGGCUGUGGGAAGGGUCAGUUGGUGAAACACCACCAUCUUGUCUGGACACUAUGAGAGAAGUCCCACCUGGCCACUGGGGAAGAUAGGUGAUAGACAAGAUAGACAAGAAAGACAUUGGUGAUGAUUUUCCUGAUGUGAAGACCUCUAAAUGUAUUCCCUCAGGAUGACCCUGAAUAAAGAUGAGAGAAGGAGCUUUAUCUGUAAUAAAACAUUCUCUCAAUAGCCUAUCAGCCAAACAAACUGCAGUUCCUCCGUAUUUACUCCUGGGGUUCAACUGUCAGAACAUCAGGAGUCUGGUCUUGAUUGUGCCUUUUGAACCUUGAAAAAGACCACUUAAAAUCAUUCUGUCUAUAAUGCUUACCUGUACUUGUUUUGAGAGCAUCAAAUAAAUUGUUAGAGCAUUUUGAAAGUAUAAAGUGAACACGAAUAAAGAACUAGGGUGGAAGAAACCUUAACUCUCAACCUACUUCAGUUAGGAAAGGAGAUUUGAAAGGAUGCCUGGGGACAACCCAAUUAAAAGGAUUCUCAAGUAUCAGUUACCUCGAUCUCUUUUUAUGUCCCCAGCUUUUUUUUUUUUUUUUUUUUUUUUUUUGCAGUACGCAGGCCUCUCACUGUUGUGGCCUCUCCCGUUGUGGAGCACAGGCUCCGGACGCGCAGGCUCAGCGGCCAUGGCUCACGUGCCCAGCAGCUCCGCGGCAUGUGGAAUCUUCCCGGACUUGGGCACGAACCCGUGUCCCCUGCAUCGGCAGGCGGACUCUUAACCACUGCGCCACCAGGGAAGCCCUAUGUCCCCAACUUUUUAUUCUGCCUGCUACCACCUUAGUUCACAUUCAUCUCUUAAUUAUUCUUGUGCUCUCACCCAGCCACCCCAAAAAACCUGCUUACCCUGUCUCUGUUAUCCUUCACACUGACCACUAGUUAUUCUCUAAAACUUACCUAAUUACAAAAUUCCUAUGGCUUAGAAACCUUCAGUAGCUCCUCAGGGGACUACAGGAUGGAUCAAAUUCUUUCCACAGUAUAUGAGGUCUCUUGCAAUCUACUUCUCAGGUGUUUUUUUUUUUUCCCUUGGGCUACGUUGGGUCCUCGUUGCUGCGCGCAGGCUUUCACUAGUUGUGGCGAGUGGGGGCUACUCUUCAUUGCGGUGCGCGGGCUUCUCAUUGGCGGUGGCUUCUCUUGUUGCAGAGCACGGGCUCUAGAGCGCAGGCUCAGUAGUUGUGGCGCACGGGCUUAGUUGCCCCGCAGCAUAUGGGAUCUUCUCGGACCAGGGCUCGAACCCAUGUUCCCUGCAUUGGCAGGCUAUUCUUAACCACUGUGCCACCAGGGAAGCCCCUUCAGGGUUGUUUUAAACAUUAAGUUUAUAUAAUGUCUGACACAUAGAAUUCAAUAUAUCUGGUAUGGUGAAAUAAUAACAACAACAGUAGCUGUAGGCUAAAAAUUCAUUGAAACAUUUCCUAGACUGAGGAAUAUACUAGGUUUCAGUAUCUAAAAGAAAAUAUCUACAGAGAAAGACCAUUCUUAUAAACCCGAGAAACCACUCUCUUGAAGGCAGCCUUGGUGAAUGGAGCAGGAGUCAAGACACAUCUUUCACUUUGUUUCCUUCCCUUUUCUCCAUGAAGUGCUGAUACAGUCCCAGACUGUAACCUCCAAGGGAGGUUGGACCAUGCCUUUUAUUUGUUUUGCCUUCUACUUCUUUUUCUUCUCCUACUGUACUAGUGAAGGAAACCAGACUAUGUCACCUCAAGACAUGCCACUUUAGUAUAUUGAUGAUUUUGAAUUAAAGGCAAGAAGAAAUAGUAGGUGUAAGAAGGACACUCUGACCCUCCUUUUCUUUCUGAAAGCAGGAGCUAAAACUCCCAUGUGAAAAGUACUUUCCCUGUACCAGAAGGAGGGAAGACAUUCUUGUCAUCAGAGAUGGGGAAUCUGGGGCUGAGAAAUCUAUACAAACAAACCUUAUUAAACUAACCCUUAUCUUCCUAGUUACAUCUUGAAUGGAAAAAUUUGCUUUUCCUCCUGUGUGAUUCUCCUUUACUCUCACACUAGUACCACAGUCACAAAACUUCUGACAACAGACUGUGUGGAAUUUUGCCCACAACAAGCAAUUCUUUGAAACCAGCUGGGUAUCCUACAAAUUAACUCAAUUCUGAAACUAUCUAACUGGAGAUGGCUUCAGACCCCACAGGUUAAGGGCUUAGUCCCACAAGACUGCCCCCAUGUUAGAUGCCAACCUCAAGUACUAGGUCCCCAGGUUACCUACAACUUCUGUCUGACUUGGCUAUAAAUUGGAGCCUCCCACGAUCUCCCCUGUCUCCACCUUGGGUUCAUUUAGUUUUUAGAAUGGCUCAUAAAACUCAGGAAAACAGUUUACUUACUACUGUAAAAAAUUAAUAAACAGAAGGGGGAGCUCUCAUGCCCUGUAAUGGUAGCUGAGCCCAACAGGAAGAAAGCUGGCUCUUCUUUCCUGGCAAGGACUCAGCCAGUGAAAAGCCAUGGACUCUGUUUACUAUAGCCUUCCCAACUUCCUUUUUCUCCCUCCCAAUAAAAGCAUCCUCCUUCCCUUGCCUUUUGAGAACGUUCAUGUGGCUCUCCCAGGAUUGCAGACCUUGAAUUGCAGUUCUCUGUGGAUACUAAAUAAACCCAUCUUUGCCUGAGAAAUAUCUGUCAGUCUAUUUGUUUCAACACCGUUUGUUAUAAAAGGAUAUGAUAAAAGAUACAGAUGAACAUCCAGAUGAAAAAGAUGCAUAGGGCAAGGUAUAUGGGAAGGGGUUUGGAGCUUCCAUGCCAUCUCUGGGCAUGCUACUCUCUCAGCACCUCUCAGCACCUCCACCUGUAAGCUCUCUGAACUGUAUACUUUGAGGAUUUUUAGGGAGGCUUCAUCAUGUAAGUAUGAUGUAUCACUAACUCCAUUUCCAGCCCCUCUCCCCGCUCUGGAGAAUGGGAAGUGAGGCUGAAAAUUUCAAGCUUCUAAUCAUGGCUUGAUCUUUCUGGUAACCAGCCUCCAUCCAGGAGCCCACCCAGAGUCACCUCAGAACAAAAGACACUGCCAGCACCCAAGAAAUCCCAAGACAUUUAGGAACUGGAGCCAAAGACCAAAUAUUAGAACAAAAGAUGCUCCUAGUGCUCUUAUCACAUAGGAAAUUACAAGGGUUUUAGGAGUUCUGUGCCAGGAACCAGGGGCAGAGAUCAAUUUAUGUAUUUACUAUUGUAUCAGACUUCUUCACCAUUUACUAUCCUGAGCUCAAACCCCUUUGUCUUAUCAAUUUUUCACAAAUGUAUUGUUUCUUUGUCUAAAAGGUAUAAAAGCUUCCUGCUCUGGUCACUUCUUUGGGUUUUCAUUCUCUUGUGAAGGCUCCCAUGUACAUGUAAAGAUUUAAUAAAAUGUGCACACUUUUCUCCUGUUAAUCUGUCCUAUGUCCGUUUAAUUCUUAGGCCCAGCCAGGGACCCUAAAAGGGUAGAGAAUUUUUUCCUCCCCUAUACUAGAUAAUACCUUCAGUACAAUGUUGAAUAGAAACAGUAAUAGCAGACGUCUUUGUCUUGUUCUAAUUUUGAAAGCCAGCUGUAUUAAUUUCUGAAGGCUGCUAUAACAAAGUACCACAAACUGGGUGGCUUAAACAAUAGAAAUUUAUUGCCACACAGUUUUGGAGGCUGGAAGUCUGAGACCAAGGUAUCAGCAGGGUUGGUUCCUUCUGAAACUGUGAGGGGAAAUCUGUCCCAUGCCUCUUCCCUAGCUUCUGGUGGUUUACUGGCAGUCUUGGUGUUCCUAGGAUUGUAGACACAUCACCUUAGUCUCUGCCUUCAUGUUCAGAGAGCAUUCUUUCUGUGUCUGUAUCUGCCUCUGUGUCCACAUUUCCUCUUUUUAUAAGGACACCAGUUAUAUUGGAUUAGGACUCACCCUGAUGACCUAUUUAUUAUUAUUAUUAUUAUUUUUAAAAUUUGGAACGCUUCACGAAUUUGCAUGUCAUCCUUGCGCAGGGGCCAUGCUAAUCUUCUCUGUAUUGUUCCAAUUUUAGUAUAUGUGCUGCCGAAGCGAGCACUGAUGACCUAUUAUUAAUUUAACUAAUUACAUCUGCAAUGACCCUCUUUAAAUAAGGUCACAUUCUGAAAUACUGGUUAGGACUUCAUCAUAUGAAUUUUUGUGGGACACAAUUCAACCUAUAACAGAAGCUCUAACAUUUUACCAUUAAAUAUAUUUGCCAUGAUAACCUUUAUUAAGUAAGUUCUCUUCCAUUCCCAAUUUGCUAAAGGUUUUGAUCGUAAGCAGAUGUUAAACUUUGUUCAAUGUUUUUACAUAAUUAACAAGAUUUAAUAUAUGGCUUUUAUUCUUUAAUCUAGUAAUGCAAUGAUUUAUACUGAUAGAUUUCCUAAUAUUAACCCAUGCCUGAAUUUUGAGAAUAAACCCAACUUGGUCAUAAUUUUUAAUACAUUUCUUGAUUCAGUUUGCUAAUGUUUUAGAAGAUAGCUUUUCACAUCUGUUCAUAGGAAAGAUUGACCCAUAAGGUUUUGUUUGUUUGUUUGUUUGUUUGUUUUUUUGGUUUUUUGGUACGGUCUUUGUCUGCUUUAUAUAUUGUUACAAUGGCCUCAUAAAAUGAAGUGGGGACUGUGACAGAUAUUACUAGUUGUUUCAGUUUGGAGUGAUAAAGUUCUGGAGAUGAAUGGUGAUAAUUGUUGCACAGCAGUGUAAAUAUACUAAAUGACACAGAACUAUACACUUAAAAAUGGUUAAAGUGGUAAAUGUUACAUUAUGUAUAAUUUACCCCCCCCCCACAUACACACAAAACCAAACCCACAGCUAACAUCAUACUUAAUGAUGAAAGACUAAAAUCUCUCUAAGAUCAGGAACAGGACAAGGAUGUAUGAUCUUGCCAACUCUAUUUAACAUAGUACUGGAGGUUCAGGCCAGGGCAGUUAGGAAAGAAAAAUAAAUAAAAAGCAUCUAGGUUGGAAAAGAAAAAGUAAAACUGUCCCAUUUAAAGGUAAUGUGAUCUUAUAUUUAGAAAAUACUAAAGAAUAUCCACAAAAAACUAAAUAGAGCUAAUAAACAAGUUCAGCAAAGUUGCAGGAUACAAGAUCAAUACACAAAAAUCAGUUGUAUUUCUAUACGUUAACAAUGAACAAUCUUAGAAUGAAAUUCAAGAAACAAUUCCAUUUACAAUAGUAUCAAAAAUAAUACAUAGGAUUCAUUUUAUACAGGGAAGUGCAAGAAUUGUAUACUGAAAACCACAACACAUUGUUGAAAGAAAUUAAGAAUUAAAUAACUGGAAAGAUAUCCAAUGUUCAUGGAUUGGAAAAUUUAAUAUUAAGAUGGUAGUUCUCCCUAAACCAAUCUACAAGUUCAACACAAUCCCUAUCAAAAUCCCAACUACCUUUUAAAAAAGAAACAGAAAAGCUGAUCCUAAUAUUCAUAUGGAAUUGUAAAGGACUUUAAAUAACCAAAAAAAUCUUAUAUAAGAAGAAUAAAAUUGAAGGAUUCACAUUUCCCAGUUUCAAACCUACUAUAAAUCUACCACAUUUAAGACAAUGUGGUACUAGCAUAAGACUUAGAUCAAUGGAAUAGAAUUGAGAGUCCAGAAAUCAAACCAUACAGCUAUGGUCAACUGAUUUUCAAUAAGUCUAAAAUCAUCAGUGGGAAAAAGACUACUUUUACAAAUGGUGCUAGGAUGACUGGAUAUCCACAUGCAAAAGAAUGCAGUUGGACCUCUACCUCAUACCAUAAACAAGAAUUAGCACAAAGUGAAUAAGAGGCCUAAAUGCAAAAGCUAAAACUAAAAACUCUUAGAAGAAUACAUAGAUAUAAAUCUUUGUGACCUUGUAUUAGGCAAUAGUUUCUUAGAUAAGACACCAAAAACAAAAGCAACAAAAGAAAAAAAUAGAUGAACUACAUCAAAGCAAAAAACUUGUGUGUGUCAAUGGAUACUAUCAAAAGAGUGAAAAGACAAUCCACAGAAUGGGAGAAAAUAUUUGUAAACCAUAUAUUUGAUAAAGGUCUAGUAUCCAUAAUAUACAAAGAAUUCUAAAACUUAAUAAUAAAAACACAACCUAAUUAAAAAUGCACAAAGGUAUUGAAGACAUUUGUCCAAAGAAGAUAUACAAAUGGCCAAUAAGCACAUGAAAAAUGCUCACCAUCAUUAGUCAUUAGAGAAAUGCAAAUCAAAACCACAAUGAGAUACCACUUUACACCUAUUAGGAUGACUGUAAUCAAAAAGACAACAAGUGUUGGGAAGAAUGUGGAGAAACUGGAACAGUGCUGAUAGGAAUGUAAAAUGGUGCAUUUGCUUUGGAAAGCAGCUGGAUAGUUCUUCAAAAAGUUAAACAUGGAAUUACCAUAUGACCCAGCAAGUCCACUCCUAGGUAUAUACCCAAGAGUAGUGAAAACGUAAGUUCAAAUAAAAACCAGUACAUGAAUGUUUAUAGAAGCAUUAUUCAUAAUAUUCAAACAGUGGGAACAACCCAAAUGUCCAUCAACUGAUGAAUGAACGAAACAUGGUAUAUUCAAACAAUGGAAUAUUAUUUGACCAUAAAAAUAAAUGAAGUACUGAUAUAUACUACAAUAUGGAUGAAUCUUGAAAACAUUAUGCUGAGUGAAAGAAGCCAGACACAAAAGGCCACAGAAUGUAUAAUUUCAUUUAUAUGAAAUGUCCAGGCUAGGCAAAUCCAGAGACAAAAAGAUCAGUGGUUACUAGGAGCUGGGGGAAGGUAGAGAGGAGAAUGAGGAGUGACUGCUCGGUAGAUAUGGGAUGUUUUUGGGGGGUGAUGAAAAUGUUCUGGAAUUAGAUAGUGGUGAUGGUUGCACAAACUUAUGAACAUACUAAAAACCAUUGAACUGUACACUUUUAAAUGGUGAAUUUUAUUGUAUGUGAAUUCUAUCUCAAUAAAAAAGGUACAAGACUUGAACAAACACUUCACCAGAGGGAUUAUACAGAAAACAAGUAAGCACAUGAAAAUAUGUUCAACAUAUUAAGGAAAUGCAGAUUAAAACUAUUGUGACCAGAGAAGCCCAAGGAGAUAUUAUAUAUAUGUAAUAUGUAACUGGUAAUAUGUAAUUUGGUAUUUAGGAUGGAUGGAUGUAAUAUGGCAUCUAGCACGGAAUCCUGGAACAGAAAAAGGACCUCAGCAAAAAAAAGCCCUGACUGGGGCAGUCAGCACCAUUAAGUUCUUCCUGUCUGAGGCUUUCCUGGGUCAACACUUAGAGGCCGUGUAGCACCUGAGCCAGGAGACCUCUUCCUGGUCAGGUUGGUGUCACCCACUGGAUGCUGGUGCGGGGCCCACGUGGGCGUGUACUGCAGCCACAGAGAGAUCAUCCACUUUGAGGCGUGGGCGAGCAUCCGCGCUAGUAUCUGGGAUGAGUGGAGCCCCUAGAGGCCGUUCCACCGAGACCCGGUGGUCUGUGGCGCCGGUACCUUUAAGAAUCUUCACGCGAGCAUCCCAGAUUGAUAAAUCCGCGCGCUGCCUCCGCCACCGCAGGUUGCGGCCUUUGCGGAGCCCAGGCCGCGCAGCCGACUUCGCCUGUCCGGCCUGCGUUCCCUUCCUCGGUCCCUGCCGCAUCCCGGAGGCGCCGCGACCAUCCCAACGAAGCCCGCGACCUCCCCUGCCGCCCCAUGUCGGCCGCCCCCGCCUACAGCGAAGACAAGGGCGGCUCUGCUGGCCCCGGGGAGCCCGAGUACGGCCACGACCCGGCGAGCGGCGGCAUUUUCUCCUCCGACUACAAGCGGCAUGAUGACCUGAAGGAGAUGCUGGACACCAACAAGGAUUCCCUCAAGCUGGAGGCCAUGAAGAGGAUUGUGGCGAUGAUCGCCCGGGGAAAGAAUGCCUCAGACCUGUUUCCUGCCGUGGUGAAGAACGUGGCCUGUAAGAACAUAGAGGUGAAGAAGCUUGUCUACGUGUACCUGGUGCGCUACGCCGAGGAGCAGCAAGACCUAGCCCUGCUGUCCAUCUCCACCUUCCAACGUGGCCUAAAGGACCCCAACCAGCUGAUUCGUGCCAGCGCCCUCCGCGUCCUGUCUAGCAUCCGUGUGCCCAUCAUCGUGCCCAUCAUGAUGCUAGCCAUCAAGGAAGCUGCCUCGGAUAUGUCGCCCUAUGUGCGGAAGACAGCUGCCCACGCCAUCCCCAAGCUCUACAGUUUGGAUUCUGACCAGAAGGACCAGCUGAUAGAGGUCAUUGAGAAGCUUCUGGCGGACAAGACCACGCUGGUGGCGGGCAGCGUGGUGAUGGCCUUCGAGGAGGUGUGCCCAGAGCGCAUCGACCUGAUCCACAAGAACUACCGGAAACUCUGUAACCUGCUCAUCGACGUGGAGGAGUGGGGCCAGGUGGUCAUCAUCAGCAUGCUCACCCGCUACGCCCGCACGCAGUUCCUGAGCCCCACCCAGAACGAGUCUCUGCUGGAGGAGAACCCCGAGAAAGCCUUCUACGGCUCCGAGGAGGACGAGGCCAAGGGCCCGGGGUCGGAGGCAGCGGCCUCCACGGCGGUGCCGGCCCGAAAGCCCUACGUCAUGGACCCCGACCACCGGCUGCUGCUGCGCAACACAAAGCCGCUCCUGCAGAGCCGCAGCGCCGCCGUGGUCAUGGCGGUGGCGCAGCUCUACUUCCACCUGGCGCCCAAGGCGGAGGUGGGCGUCAUCGCCAAGGCUCUCGUGCGCCUGCUGCGCAGCCACAGCGAGGUGCAGUACGUGGUGCUCCAGAACGUGGCCACCAUGUCCAUCAAGCGCCGGGGUAUGUUUGAGCCGUACCUGAAGAGCUUCUACAUCAGGUCCACCGACCCCACCCAGAUCAAGAUCCUGAAGCUGGAAGUGUUGACUAACCUCGCCAAUGAGACCAACAUCCCUACUGUCCUACGGGAAUUCCAGACCUACAUUCGCAGCAUGGACAAGGACUUUGUGGCAGCCACGAUCCAGGCCAUUGGGCGCUGUGCAACUAACAUAGGCCGAGUCCGUGACACCUGUCUCAACGGCCUGGUGCAGCUGCUGUCCAACCGUGAUGAGCUUGUGGUUGCAGAGUCAGUGGUCGUCAUUAAGAAGCUGCUGCAGAUGCAGCCAGCACAGCACGGAGAGAUCAUCAAACACUUGGCAAAGCUCACAGACAACAUCCAGGUGCCCAUGGCCCGAGCCAGCAUCCUGUGGCUCAUUGGCGAGUACUGUGAGCACGUCCCCAGGAUUGCACCUGACGUCCUGAGAAAAAUGGCUAAGUCCUUCACAGCCGAGGAGGACAUCGUCAAGCUGCAGGUCAUCAACCUGGCAGCCAAGCUCUACCUGACCAACUCUAAGCAGACCAAGCUGCUGACCCAGUAUGUGCUGAGUCUGGCCAAGUAUGACCAGAAUUACGAUAUCCGAGACCGAGCACGCUUCACCCGGCAGCUCAUCGUCCCUUCAGAGCAGGGUGGGGCCCUCAGCCGUCAUGCCAAGAAGCUCUUCCUGGCACCCAAACCAGCUCCAGUCUUGGAGUCAUCCUUCAAAGACCGGGACCACUUCCAGCUGGGCUCACUGUCCCACCUGCUCAAUGCCAAGGCCACGGGCUACCAGGAGCUCCCAGAUUGGCCAGAGGAAGCCCCAGACCCAUCUGUGCGCAAUGUGGAGGUACCUGAAUGGACCAAGUGCUCAAACAGGGAGAAGAGGAAGGAGAAGGAGAAACCCUUCUACUCAGACUCUGAGGGAGAGUCAGGGCCCACAGAGUCUGCAGACAGCGACCCUGAGUCCGAGAGUGAAUCGGACAGUAAGAGCAGCAGCGAGAGUGGCUCUGGGGAGUCCAGCAGUGAGUCCGACAACAAAGACCAGGAUGAGGACGAGGAGAAAGGGAGGAGCAGUGAGAGUGAACAUAGUGAGGAGGAGGCUAAGAAGAGGAAGAUGAAGAAGAGGAAGAAGGAGCCAGAGGGACAAGAAGGCGGCUCGUCCUCAGAGGAGGGCAGUGACUCCAGCAGCAGCUCCUCAGAGUCUGAGAUGACAUCAGAGACAGAGGAGGAGCAGGCGGAACCUGCCUCCUGGAGGAAGAAAACACCUCCCAGCAGCAAAAGUGCCCCUGCAGCCAAGGAGAUCUCCCUGCUUGAUCUAGAGGACUUCACCCCUCCCAGUGUCCAGCCUGUGUCUCCCCCCACGGUUGUGUCCACCAGCCUGGCUGCUGACCUGGAGGGCCUGACGCUCACAGACUCCCCCCUGGUGCCCUCGCUGCUGAGUCCAGUGUUGGGUGUCGGGAGACAGGAGCUGCUGCACCGUGUAGCUGGCGAGGGGCUGGUUGUGGACUACACCUUCAGCCGCCAACCUUUCUCCGGGGACCCCCACAUGGUGUCUGUGCACAUCCACUUCUCCAACAGCUCUGAUACCCCCAUCAAGGGCCUACACGUGGGCACCCCCAAACUGCCCGCUGGCAUCAGCAUCCAGGAAUUUCCUGAAAUCGAGUCCCUGGCACCCGGAGAAUCUGCCACUGCUGUCAUGGGCAUUAAUUUCUGUGACUCGACCCAGGCGGCCAACUUCCAGCUGUGCACCCAAACCCGACAGUUCUACGUCUCCAUUCAGCCACCUGUUGGGGAGCUUAUGGCCCCUGUGUUCAUGAGCGAAAAUGAGUUCAAGAAGGAACAGGGAAAGCUGUCGGGCAUGAAUGAGAUCACAGAGAAGCUCAUGCUGCCAGACACCUGUCGGAGUGACCACGUUGUGGUGCAGAAAGUGACUGCCACUGCCAACCUGGGUCGUGUCCCUUGUGGGACAUCUGAUGAGUAUAGGUUUGCAGGGAGGACGCUGACCAGCGGGAGCCUGGUCCUGUUGACCCUGGAUGCCCAGCCCACUGGAGCUGCCCAGCUGACAGUCAACAGUGAGAAGAUGGUGAUCGGCACCAUGCUGGUGAAGGACGUGGUACAGGCUCUGACCCAGUGAUCCUAAGUGCUGUGACCUCUUUGACCGUCCCUUGUCCCUCCCUCGUGACAUCUACGCUGUUAGCCUCUCUCUCUCUCUCUCUUCCUCUCUCUCAUAUCAGACUCCUCAUUCCAGAUAGCAUCCAGGGGUCCUCUCUCUCUCUGGUCAUGACCAGGCUCCCUCCCAAUUCUCCUCCCCAUGGGUUCCUUAGUGACCUGUGCAGAGGGAGAUGGCAGGGCUCCAUUUGGUCCUCCCAGCUUUGUGUGGCUAUUUAUGUGGCAAAAUCUCAAUAAAAUGUCUUCUCCCUA